UCUCUAAACCAGCUUCUCAAUUCACAACACAAUUUUUUCAUCGCAGCAGGGAUUAUUUAGAUUUUUAGAUAUAUUCUUGUGAUAUUUAAAACAUGUCACUUGGUAAUGCCGAUCCUUGGCACGUAAGAAAUCCAGAAAUUAAGGAAGGUAGCACGGAGCCCACUGAUAAAACCGACAGUUUCGAGGACAACUUCACGCCCGGAAAAGACAGCCCAACGCCCGCGAAGGACGCUGAGAGUCCCACAGGACAUGAACCGCUGCCUGACUCUAGCGACUACUUAAAGCUAUUAGAACGGAAGCUGGCCCGGGUACAAAAGGGUAACAAACUACUGGACAACCUUCGGGACAAGCGGCAGGAUUGUAUGCGGGGAUUACUGGAAUCCGAAGGAGUGCCAAUUUCCAUAUUCGAGCAGUUCCUUGAGCUUGACACACCCAUUGAGAGCGGUCGUCUCCAUCGCCACUUGCUGCCCGUCCAGGCUGUGAACGUUGGGGAAACCGUGUAUAUUGUGGACCACGACGCACUGCAGCGUUCAGAGGAGGAGGAGGAGGCCCAGUCGGCGGCUGAACACUAA